AUGGCGAUAGCACUCCUCGAGUCUGCCGGCGGCGCGGCAACGGGCUUCCUCCCGCCGUGGUUCGCGGCGCUCGGCAUGGUCGUGGCAUCCGUCUGGAUCGUCUCGCUCGCCGUGUUCCUGUGUGGCCGCAUCUCUCACGCAGACGACGACCUCCCCAAGAAGAAGCCCGCUGCAGAGACGACGAGGAUGCCGAUCAAUGUCGCGCCCCCGAAGGCGAUGUCACCGUCGAGAUCCGGGAGCACGAUGGUUGAUCCGACGGGGAUGUACGGAGCUGCGUCCGUCUCUGGUGUCGCAGCCGGUGGGUCCCAUGGCCACGGCGGUGGUGGAGGUGAUGGUGGCGGCGGUGACGACCUCCCCAGGAAGAAGCCCGCUGAAGAGAAGACGAGUAGACCGGCCAGCGUCACGCCCGUGACGGCGAGGUCGUCGGCGGGGUCCGGGAGCACGAUGGUUGACCCGACGGGGAUAUACGGAGCCGCGUACGUCUCUGGUGUUGCCACCGGUGGUGGAGGCUGUGGCGGUGGAGGUGGCGGCGGCGGCGACGGCGACCUCCCCAUGCAGAAGCCCGCUGCAGCGAAGACGAGCAUACCGGCCAGCGUCGCGCCCGCGAAGCCGAGGUCGUUGGCGAGGUCCGGAAGCACGGUGGUUGACCCGACGGGGAUGUACGGAGCCUCGUACGUCUCUGGUGGGUUCCAUGGACACGGCGGUGGUGGAGGCUGUGGCGGAGGUGGAGGUGGCGGCGACCUCCCCAGGAAGAAGCUCACAGCAGCAAAGACGAGCAUGCCGGCCAGCGUCGCGCCCGCGAAGGCGAGGUCGUCGGCGACGUCCGGGAGCACGAUGGUUGAGCCGACGGGGAUGUACGUCUCUGGUGUCGACGCCGGUGGGUGCCAUGGCCACGACGGUGGUGGAGGUUAUGGCGGUGGUGGAGGCUGUGGUGGAGGUGGAGGCGGCGGUGGCGGCUGUGGGGGCUGCUAG